GGACUGGGGAAAGUGGGAAGAGCACCUUCAUAAAACAGAUGAGGAUCAUCCACGGCAAAGGAUACAACGAUAAUGACAGGAAAGGGUUCACUCGGAUGGUGUUUCAGAACGUCAUCAUAGCCGUCCAGGCGCUAAUCGAAGCCAUGAAGACUCUAAAGAUUGAUUAUGUUGAUGACCAGAACAUUAACCAUGCAGAGAAACUGAGCCAAGUUGAAUUAACUGAUGUGCGCACGUUGGAGUCCUGGCAGGUGGAGUCCAUUAAACGAGUGUGGAACGACCACGGUGUGCAAUGGUGUUACGACCGCAGGAGGGAGUUCCAGUUGUCAGACUCUGCUAAAUAUUAUCUGGGUGACCUGGACAGGAUCGCAGUCCCAGGGUACAUUCCUACUGUGAUGGACAUUUUGAGGGUCCGCGUUCCCACCACAGGCAUCAUAGAACAUACAUUUGACAUGUCAAAAGCCGUCUUCAGGAUGGUGGAUGUGGGAGGCCAGCGUUCAGAAAGGAAAAAAUGGAUCCACUGUUUUGAAAAUGUUACCUCCAUCAUAUUCCUGGUAGCCCUCAGUGAAUACGAUCAAGUCCUUUAUGAGAGCAAAGAUGAUAACCGACUGCGAGAGAGCCUUGAGCUGUUCAGGACCAUCGUCACAUCUAACUGGUUUCAGGAUUCGUCCACCAUCCUAUUUUUGAAUAAAACGGACCUGCUACAGGAGAAAAUCACACAUUCACAUUUGGCCACCUACUUCCCAGACUACAAUGGGCCUCAAUGUAAUGCAGAGACAGCAAAAAAGUUCAUUCAAAGUAUGUACAUUCAGCGGCACGCUGGACGUCAUAAAUCCCUCUACACCCACUUCACCUGCGCUACGGACACGGAGAACAUCCGAGUUGUCUUCAAAGCGGUCAAAGAUACACUCCUCCAAGAGAACCUUGAACUUUUCAGCCUUGGAUAAGGGAAAACAAGGAGAGAAUGCCACAUUUAGCAAGAGACAAAAACCAAGCCACUAUCACGUUUUAGAAGUUUUAAUAAUGUGCCAUUAAUUAGGUGUUGUCAAUUUUAGAAUAUUUAAACUUGAAAAAUAAAUAAAAGGAAUUCAAUAACAGGUUGGGAAUUUCUCUCUAUUCUCUCAGGAAAAAAAGUGCCCCACUGUGGCAACAUUUGGUUUAUCAGAAUGCGUAAAAGAUUAAAAUUAUUUUUGCUGGAUACAACAGUAUAGCUGUUAUUAUGGCUCUUUUUGUGUUGCACAAUAGUUUAAAACAGUAGAUGGUGUGAGAUUGUUUGAACAAAGUCCUGUGGAGGAAGAAUUCCACUCACCCUGCUUUACAGCUUCAAGACGAGGAAGUUAAAGUUAAAGCAAAUUGCCCCUUGGGGAUAAUAAAGAUUCUUGAACUUGAACUUAAAGUUCACCCUGAAG